AUGAACCAUACAAAUACCAGCGGCUCCAUAGAGAUUUCCAAGUUGCAAGCCCUCUCUGACCUGCACGUGCUUGUCAUUUCGCGUGCUUCAUUGCGGCUCGUUCAAGCGGCCCACGAGGAAGACAAAUCGAAACUGACCAAUGCUGUGCUCGAGGAUGCCUGCCGGCAUGGCGCAUCCCCUAGUGUGCUACGGUUUCUGGUGAAAAAGAAAGGGCUCGAUGAAGAGGGGAUCUGCAUGUUGAUGGCAAAGACAUUCCUGGCGGCCAUUCCCUUGCUGAAUAUGCUGGACUCGAUGAUCAUGAUGUUGCCAAAAAAGGCCACUUUCCACUUGCGUGGAAACGAAUAUUUGCCAUGGGCCAGUUUGUUCCACGGGACAAUGAAAGCGUCGAUGGGUGAUCCUGCCGUAAAAGCUCUUGGUUCCGUUAUGGAAAAAGUGGAAUCCAUCAUCAUAAGCCGCUCUGAGUUGAAAGAAGAAGGGAUCAAGAAAGUGCUGGCAAUGCUCUGUCGAAGCGGCAACAAAACCGAGAACGUACACUUGAAAUGA